GGAGCCAGCGAGACUUCGGUCCUCCUGGUGGGCUAGAGCGGCGCCACCGCCUGGCGCACGGGGCCAUGGAGGAAGAGAAGAGCUUCUCGGAUAUCUGCGGCGGCCGCCUGGCCCUGCGGCGCCGCUACUACUCGCCGUACUGCUGCGAGUUCGGCCUCAGCUCGCCUCGGCUGUCGCUGCGCUCGCUCACCGCCGUCACCUGCGCCGUGUGGCUGGCGGCUUACGGACUCUUCACCCUGUGCGAGAACAGCAUGAUCCUCUCUGCUGCCAUCUUCAUCACCAUCAUAGGCCUGCUUGGUUACCUCCAUUUUGUGAAGAUUGAUCAGGAGACUCUAUUAAUCAUCGACUCACUUGGCAUCCAGAUGACUUCAUCCUACGCUUCAGGCAAAGAAAGUACCACCUUCAUAGAGAUGGACAAGGUCAAAGAUGUUAUCAUCAAUGAGGCUAUUUACAUGCAAAAGGUGAUUUACUACCUCUGCAUCUUACUGAAGGACCCAGGGAAGCCACAUGAGAUAUCCCGAGUAGUCCCUGUCUUCCAGAGUGCCAAGCCCCGGUUGGACUGCUUGAUUGAAGUAUACAGGAGCUGCCAGGAGAUCCUGGCACACCAGAAAGCCACAUCAACAAGCCCAUGAACCUCAGCAUUCAAAGACCAGUAUUGUCUUUAUGGGAGAGGACUCCUAGACCAUAGUCGCUGGUUUAUCUCCUGUACUGUAAAACCAUUAGGUGGAAACAGUCCUGGGAAUAAAAAUGGAUGAGAUGAUCUCAGAGCCAUAGAGGAGGCAGCUGGAACUUGACUCAGUGUUUUGAUGUAACAUCAAGUUCCUCUUGUAGUUUUUAUCUACAGUACUAAUCAAGGGGAGACCUUAUGGAUUUUGUCAUAUCAAAAGUAGGCCAGGCAUAGUGGCUCAUGCUUUAAUCCCAGGACUCAAGAGGCAGAAGCAGGUGAUCUAGAGUUUAAGGCCAUCCAGGGCUACAUAGUGAUGAGCCCCCUUGCCCCCUCAAAAUGUACAUGAAGAUCACUUUGAAAUUUCUAAGCACAUUUAUAUUUGUGUUAAAAUCUGUGGAGUACUGAGUCUGAUACCAGAUUUUAUAAGAAAAAUAUAAUUUCCAUCUGUAUGGACUCUUGUCUAAAAGUUAGGAAGGUUUUUUUUUUAAAUGUAUGAAUUAGGAAUAAAAUGCUUUCCAAGGGGAUAGCCUCUGGCCCAUCUAGCUCCUUUGAUCUGUGCAAGAUGACUCAAUCCACAGUUUAGCUAGGGAUGUUGUGGAUGCCAGCAAUUCCAGCACCUAGGGAUGUCAACAAGAGGGUUGGAAGUUUUGAGGCCAACCUGGGCUACAUGGUGUGGCACUGUCUCAAACUCUAAAAUAAAUAAAUAUCCAAAACACACCGUAAUUGCCUGGUUCACUGACAGCUUUUUAUUGACAGGCAUACAUAGCAUUACAGCCAUGAGUGUCAAGCACAUUAGUACCUUUCUGUUACUUAGUAUUUUCUAUUGUUUCAAAAGCUGCUUUGGCCAAGAGGGCUUAGAUGAAAAGUGAGAGAUUUUGUGUUGGUCCCAGACAUGGGACUGUCAUAUUAAAGGAUGAAGAACCUGAUUUACAGAAGCUGUUGUUUCUAAGGCAGUUUCUUAGAUUCCUAGAGAUCAGGAAGAAGAAAAGGAGCUGGGCUAGGUGGCCCUUGCCUUUAAUCCCAGUACUCGGGAGUUUUUGGCUAGCCUAGUCUAUGUAGUGAAUUCCAGGACAGCCAGGACUACAUAGUGAGACCCUGUCUUUGAAAGGAAGGAAAGGAAAAGGAAUGGAAAGGGAAGAGGAGAAAACUUCAAGAGAAAAGGAGAGGCUAAUCUGACCUCCAAAUCUAGUACAAACAGUUCCGUUCUUUGGAGCUCUAUUUACAAAACACCAGAGAGUAGACCACAUCUUUUUUUACUUUAAAGGCCACUUGGGAUGUGACCCACAGGAACUGUAUUCUCUGACUUUCACACUAGCCUUGAAGGAGUUGUCAGGACACUAUAGUGAUGUCACUUGAGGUAGACCUGUGUCCACUAGAACCCCAGUCCUGGGGUGGGAGUUGGGGUUGGAACAGAAAUGGCUGCCUGCCUUGCAAGUCAAACUUGUUCAAAGUCAGACUCUUGUGCCAUUUUAAAGUCAUGUUUGUCAGUUCAAAGGACAAGAAAAGAAAGAUUACAGCAACUAAGGCAUUUGAACAAACUAAUUUCGGCUUUGCAGUUUUUUUGUUGUGUACAACAUACAUAUUGUUGGGUUAAAGGUUUAUUUCUUGGGUGCUGCUCCUAUCCCCUCGUCCAUGUUACUGAAAGAGAUAGAACUGCCUUACAACUACACAAUAAACUUAGUUUUUUUAUAUGUUGGAAAAUCAAA